ACCGAUGACUCCGCACUGUGGGAGGAAACCAGAGUCGCCAGAGCUAAGCCUCAGCCUGAGUGCUGCGAGGCCGCAGCAGCGACACCAUCUCAGCCGGAACACGAGCCCUCCCACCUGCCGAGCAGCAGAGGAGGUCCCGUCAGAGGAGCUGCACAGGACGGGACAUGGGAGUGGAGUGGGGGAAGACUUCCACUCCAGAGUGCGAGCCCCAACAAGCUCCCAGUGCUCUUCAACAGUCGGCGUCAGGUGGCAGCGCGGGCCACUUCCUCUCCAGAGCGCGGCAGAGACGCCGCGGGAAACGUCGGUCCCGCGCGCCUCUGGCGGGAGCCGGAGCCGCUGCUGCUCAGCAGUCGACAUGGUGGACACGCAGCAGCUCCACGCCUGGCCCAUCAGCUUCAGCCUGAGCACCAUGGACCUGUCGGAGCUAGACAGUAGCCUGCAGGCGACGUACGGCCAGGACGUGCAUUUGGCCACGCUGGACUACGCUUCCCUCUCAUCCUCCUCCAUGGCCUCCCCCGUCUCCUCUGUGGGUGUCACGUUUGAGCACAGUCCGGUGCAGAGCGAGGAGCAUCUGACCAACAUGGACUACACCAGCCUCAACAGUUACACCCCGGUGCCAGAUAUACACAACUUGAUCAAGCUGGAGCCGGAAUCGCCGCCUCACUUCACCGACAGUCCUGUGAACGCCAAGCUGCAGGAUGAGGCUUCCAUGGCGGCCCUCCACAUCGAGUGCAGAGUCUGUGGCGACAGAGCUUCGGGGUUUCAUUACGGCGUCCACGCGUGUGAGGGUUGCAAGGGUUUCUUCCGCCGAACCAUCCGGUUAAAGUUGGUCUACGAUCCCUGUGACCUCCACUGCCGCAUUCACAAAAAGUCCCGCAACAAAUGUCAGUACUGUCGCUUCCAGAAGUGCCUGAACGCCGGCAUGUCGCACAACGCCAUUCGCUUUGGCCGCAUGCCUCAAGCAGAGAAGGAGAAGCUGAUGGCUGAGUUCUCCUCUGACAUGGAGCACAUGCACCCCGAGGCAGCAGACCUGCGAGCCCUGUCCAAGCAUCUGUACGAGGCGUAUCUGAAGUACUUCCCCCUCACCAAGGCCAAGGCCAGGGCCAUCCUGUCGGGCAAGACCGGCGACAGCACGCCCUUCGUCAUCCACGACAUGAAGUCUCUGAUGGAAGGAGAGCAGCUGAUCGACUGCAAGCAGGUGCCGGCGCCGGAGGGUCAUCCGCCUGUGGAGAACAGAGGCUCCUUCGCGCCGCUGCACGGCCCUGAGUACAGCUUCUUUGGCUUCGACGAACAAGGUGAGAGCAACGCUGUGGAGCUGCGCUUCUUCCAGAGCUGUCAGUCGCGCUCAGCCGAGGCCGUGAGAGAAGUGACGGAGUUUGCGAAGAGCAUCCCGGGCUUCAUAAAUCUGGACCUCAACGACCAGGUGACCUUGUUGAAGUACGGCGUCAUCGAGGUCCUCAUCAUCAUGAUGGCGCCGCUGAUGAACAAGGACGGGACGCUGAUUUCCUACGGGCAGAUCUUCAUGACCCGAGAGUUCCUCAAGAGCCUGAGGAAGCCCUUCUGCCAAAUGAUGGAGCCCAAGUUUGAGUUCUCCGUCAAGUUCAACACGCUGGAGCUGGACGACAGCGACAUGGCGCUCUUCCUGGCCGUCAUCAUCCUCAGCGGAGACCGCCCGGGUCUCCUGAACGUCAAGCCCAUCGAGCAGCUCCAGGAGACGGUGCUGCACUCGCUGGAGCUCCAGCUCAAGCUCAGCCACCCCGACUCCCUGCAGCUCUUCGCCAAGGUGCUGCAGAAGAUGACCGACCUGCGGCAGAUCGUCACCGACCACGUGCGCCUGAUCCAGCUGCUGAAGAAGACGGACGUGGAGAUGUGCUUGCACCCGCUGCUGCAGGAGAUCAUGAAGGACUUGUACUAGAGAGCAGCAGACGGCCUGAGGUCACCGGCGCUCGUGAUGCUAACUGUGAAUGUUGCUGCCUUCCAGCAUGGACAAGGAGUCGCGUUUACCUGCCGCAGUACCUCUUCCAGACCAGCGCCCCUCGCGGCAGCCAGCUGCUCCUUCA